AUGCCUCCCCGAAUACCAUUUGCCAGCGCCUCGGCGUGCUGCAGAGCCGCCGUCAGCACUCCCACCGCCUCAUUGACGACCUUCUUCGCCCGGCUGUCCCUGCAGCAAACCCGCAAUGCCUCGAUCCUGGGCAGUCUGGCCAACAACCCGGGCGCUGUGCACAAGAAGAAGCGAGUCGGCCGCGGUCCCUCGUCGGGCCAUGGCAAGACGUCCGGAAGAGGUCACAAGGGUCAGGGACAGCACGGAAAGGUGAAGCCCUGGUUCCAAGGUGGUCAGACGCCGUUGAUCGUGAAGCACGGCAGGAAGGGCUUCGACAACUUCCGAGCGCCCAAAAUUUCCGAGGUGAACCUGGACCAGAUCCAGAACUGGAUUGACCAAGGCCGACUCGACCCCACGAAACAAAUCACACCAAAGGAGCUCAUCGAGAGCAAGCUGAUUGGGAGCGUCAAGGAUGGUGUCAAGAUUCUCUCCCGCGGCGGCGAGAACCUCAAGCAGCCCAUCAACGUCAUGGUCUCAAGGGUCUCCGCGGGGGCCAUCGCCGCUAUUGAGGCCGCCGGAGGCAAGGUCCUCACAAGAUACUACACGAAACUGGCCAUCCAGCGACUCUUGACCGGCGAGUCAGUCAACACAGAUCGGCCUCUGCCUGUCGGCAAGGAGCACGUCGAGGGAAUCUUAGCGGAGGCGAGAAAGGGCCCCUUCCGAUACAGACUGCCCGACCCCACGAGCCGUGCCGAUAUCGAGUACUACCGAGACCCGGCGCAUAGGGGAUAUUUGAGCCACCAGCUUGCUCCAGGCCAGUCGCCCAGUUUGUACUUUAGGGUGCCUGGCGUGCACAAGGCCCAGCGACUCCACCGCAGCAUGUCGCUCUUCGGGGACGAGCCCACCGACAACGGCCCAGCCCUGGGCUCAUCGCCGCCUCGCCGCUCGGGAGCAGCAGCCAGGGCGGCAGGCGGUCUGUUCGACGACGAGCCCGCGUCCGGCCGCAACUCGUCCAGCCUCUUCGACGACGGCAGCGGCGCCUCGUCGCCCUGGGACAUGCCCACGCCGCGCAAGCAGCAGAGCCGUGCGGAGCUGAUCCGCAACCUGCUGCCGGCCUCGGACGUGCCCGACAGCUACAUCGAGACCUUUGAUGCCGUGGUGCGCGAGGACGGCCACGAUGGCCGCGUCACGGCCGCCGGCAUCGCCAAGCUGUUUGCCGUGGCGAGGCUCGAGGCCGAUGCCCAGGCGCGCAUCAUGUCGCUGGUGGCUCCGGGAGGAUCUGACGUUUCAUUAUCGCGCAACGAGUUCAACGUGGUGCUGGCGCUCAUUGGCCUGGCGCAGGAGGGCGACGACAUCAGCCUCGACGGGGUGGACGAGCGGCGAAGAAGUCUCCCUCGGCCCAAGCUGCCCGGCCUGACCGCCGAACCCGUCAUGCCUCCGCUUGCUGAGCUUGCCGCAAAACCACCACAAGUCCCAUCCAAGCAUGAGCCAGAGCCAGAGCCAGAGUCAGAACCUUAUAAGCCCGAACCUCAACCACAACCUCAGCCCCAACCCCAGCCAGAGCCAGAGCCGCAGCACCAGCGCGAUCUCCCGCCCGCCUCCUCGAGCAUCCUGAGCAGGUCGACCAUGGUUGACCCCGACGACGAUCCGUGGAGCACACCAGACCUGCACAAGGGCCACACUCACUCUCAGGGCGGACAAGAGAGUCACGCGGCCGCAAUCAAUGGACAUAACCACGGCUUUGGCCAGGAUGCACCUCCCGCCUUUGAGCCACGCGCUACGGACCAUUACAGCGCGCCCCCCGAGCCGAUCCGCCCUCCCAACCGUCCGCGGCAGAUCUCGAGCGGUUCCUUGUCAGGUCAGGGAGCAUGGGGAGGUGGAUUCUACGGCAGCUCGCCCGGUGGAGGCGGCUUCAACGACGCGCCCCAACAUCAGAACCCGCCGCCCAUUCCCAACAUCUUUGGAACGGAUGGUGCUGGUCAGAUUGGUGGAAUCGCCCCGGCUCCCAUUGCUCCGUCCCGGAGUCUGGGAGGUCGCAUCGGAAAUAGCAUGCAGGAGAACGUCGUUGUCACUCUCAUGCCCGGCAAGGAGGGCAUCUUCAUGUUCCAGCACCACAACUACGAGGUCACCAGCCUACGGCGUGGGAGCAAGGUGGUUCGGCGGUACAGCGACUUUGUCUGGCUGCUGGACUGCCUGCACAAGAGGUAUCCGUUCAGGAUGCUACCAUUGUUGCCCCCUAAACGGGUCGCUGUGAACGGGAAUCACCUCUCCAACGACGGUUCCUUUAUCGAAAAACGACGACGGGGGCUGGCCAGAUUUCUCAAUGCCAUCCUAGUCAUUAUGUUUUUGACAGUUCCUACAGAACUCGCCGUGUGGCGAAAGCAGGCAACAUUUUCUGUCCAGGAUGAAUUCACCGACCGACAACUCCCCCCCGGCCUGGAGGAUUCACUGGCCCCGUCCCUUGAGGACCUCUUCCUCCGAACACGCAACGGCGUCCGCCGAUCUGCCGAGCUGUACAUCAACGCGUGCAACAUCAUGGACCGCCUCGUCAAACGAACAGAGGGCGUCGCCGCCGACCACGCCCGGGUGGCCAUGACGCUCAUGUCGCUCACGGAAGCCUCUGCAGACACUUAUGCCACCGACACGAGCGAGAUUCCGCUGCUCAACGACGGCUUGACGGCCAUGAGCAAGCAUCUGCGGACCUGCCAGACUUUGCUCGAGGACGAGAGUCGGGGCUGGGAUGAGGGUGUGCUAGAGGAUUUGAAGCGGCAGCGCGACGCCCUGGUCAGCCUCCGGGAGCUGUUUGACCGGAGAGAGCGGCUAGACAAGGACAACAUUCCGUACUUGGAGAGGAGGAUACAGGCCAACGAGACGAAGCUGGCCAACCUCCGAACAAAGCCAGAGGGUCUAGUCAAGCCAGGAGAGAUCGAAAAGGUGGCAGAGUCCAUUAUUAAGGACAAGGAAUCCAUCGUCCAGCAGCACAACCGGUCCAUCUUCGUCAAAGAGUGCCUCCGCGACGAGCUCAUCACCUUCCAGUCGACGCAGUACCACGUCAGCAGAUGGAACCAGGACUGGGCCAGCGAGCGCGUCAAGUACGCCGAGAUGCUAGCCGACAACUGGAGACGUCUCAUGGAUGCUCUCGAGGGCAUGCCGCUGGGCGAGUAA